AUGGCAGAAAGUGACGAGCUAAAUCAUCGUGAAAAAAUUCCAACCUUACCUCUCAGCUAUACCGACAGCUUCCCGCGCAUCACGAAAGAAACUCUUCUUGGUUGCAUAGAUCGCAAGCUGGAUCUGUGCUUCGAUCGUUUGAUCAUUGUUGACUGCCGUUUUAGGUACGAAUAUGAGGGAGGCCACAUUGAUGGCGCGAUUAGUCUUGCGCCACGAUUUGGAAGCAUCGUAGAUACAAAUUUCUUUGAUGAUUUGAUUCCCGGCAAGUCCGAUCAAGGGCGGACAUCCAUUUGCCUGUAUUGCGAAUUUUCGCAGUAUCGUUCACCCCUAGUGGCAGAUCGUAUACGGUCAAAUGAUCGGCAAUAUGAUAUCGAGCGGUACCCGGCUCUCUUGUACCCUGACAUUUACAUCCUAGACGGAGGUUACAAUAGUUUUUUCAACGCCUACCCAGAACGAUGCGUCCCACAAGCAUACAUUCAAAUGACACAUCCUGUGCAUCAGCGUGUUUGUGAUGAAGAACUCCAUCGUUUACGGAGAGCCACAAAACCUUCCAAAGUAUCGACAUUCGGACGGCUGGGUCGCAAGUCAUCGGAUCUCCCUAGGGUCACUGAGUAUUGGGCAUCAACUAUGGAGCUGUAA